CGCCCUCCCAAAUCGCGUGGACGGAAAAAGAAAGAACGAGAAAUGAAACAACAGAACAACAGCCUUCAUCCAUUAUUCCAUUCCUCUUCUCCCUCCCUCAUCCCUCAUCCCCUUCGACGACGAACAACUGUCAUUUUCUCUCUCUCUCUCUCCCUCUCUCCCUCUCUCUAUAUUCCAAGUCUAAGCACGGGUAGAGUUUACACAAACCCAACAAGAGAAAGAACAAAAAAAAAAAAAAAAAAAAAAAAAAAAAAGAAGACAGGAAGUGUGUGUCAGGCAACAUACAUAUAACAUACAUAACAUACAUCAUAUACAUCCACCCGGGUGAGGCUCCACUCCCACUCCCGCCGCCCCGUGUGUUUCUCGCCGCACACGUCGCUGUCCUCGCCUCCUCGCCUCCUCGCCUCCUCGCGCCUUCGCGCCUUCGCGCCUUCGCUCGCGUUCUGUCUGUCGCUUUUCUUCCUCCGCCCUCGACAAACUCCUUCGCCUCUUAUCUCGGGUCUAUCCAUCACCCAUCAUCGGCCGUCCGUCAUCUGUUCCCUCCUCCCUCUAUCUAUCCUAGGUUUUCUCCAUCGAUCGUGUCCUCUGACGUUACUCUCCUUUUUGCGCGCGCGCGUCCCUCUCUAUCUUAUCUUGCUGUGCUGCGAUACGCACGCUCACUGCUGUCCAACCACCCUCUUUGCCUUGGACAACCCUCUCGCACAGCUCCUCACGGUUGGUUCCCUUGCCGCUUGCCAUACAUAUAUCUAUUACUUGUUUUCUUUGCCCCCACCACUCCCUUCCCUUCUGUUCUGCGCCCGCACUCGUCAUUCCGCUCUCACAGACGAGGGAAUAUUCCACUGAGCGCAUGAAUGGAGGUGGCAACCGAUGCGAAUUCCUCGCGUCUGUUGUGAACUAUCCUUCCUGUUCCAAAAUAAAUUUCGACAAAAAAGAAAAGAAGCUGAGACACUUGAAACAUUCCCGCCUUGUUCUCUUGUUUCAUCGAUUAACGUUUCUACGUGAUUUUGGGGUUAUCAUUGGCAAAUAUAAUACACGACAAUCUCCUUUCUUCGUCGCUCUUCGCUUUUACCACUAACUACAUCGCGACAUUUACGCAUUCUUUUCACGUCACUUUCCCCUCGGUAUUUUUAUGCGCUUCUUCGGUCUUUUCCAGAUAUUAAAUCGGUAGCCCGUAUCCUCGUCUCUACAGUGAGGCAUACUUUUGCCACUUACUCUCUGCGCUCCGCGUUUGCGCACACAAAUCAUAUUGAACCGUAUCUUCAGGAUUCCUUCACUUUCCCAAACUAUAUCGGGAGUUUUUAGUCCUAGUCCCCGCUGGUCGCAAUGGUCGCUUCAUUCUCACCGCACCGUGAAGCGGGAGGGACUCUCCAUCUACCGUCGCCAAACGGAAUUCAUCAUGUCAACCCCAGUUCUGCCAUCAAGCAGCUGCGGCGCUCUCUCUCCAGAUCUCCCUCAAAAAGCAGCGAUUUCCGACUCCUCUCGCGACCCCAUUCUCCAUCCAAGAAUACACACUACAUUUCCUCGCCACUCUCUCCCUCUCGUCGAGUUUCUCAAGGGAAUCUGUUCCUAGUGUCAGCCAGUUCUACAUCGUCGCCUUUAGCGGUCCCAUAUCCACCAAGUGCAAGAAUGAACAGACCGGGAAUUCGUCGAACGACCAGCUUUCAACCCCCCAGAUCUCGUACCACACCGUCGAGCCCCGCGAAACGUGUGCUGCUCGACUCUCGCGAUAACGGAAAUUCGCUUCCACCACCUCUCGUUGGGGAGAAAUCUGAUGAACCAGUGCCACCUCUACAAGCUUCGUCUACAGAGAUCAGUAGUAGUCCUGAGCUUGGCUCCGGUGACAGCAACCUUAACCAGCCUGCAGAUAGCUUGUUUCCGCAGAUACCUGCUUCAAGAGUUGAAAAACGACGGAGUGGUACAUUUAGGCCCUUCCCUUCAACAUCCAGUCCACUGAAGCGGAGCGAUGUCAUUAUGAAUCUUGAUCAAACUCCACUGCGGAGUCCCUCCGCCAAACGACGAAGUCUGCACGGCGCUAACUUCGGCUCAGACUUCAACUUUUUUGAAGUUGAUAACAACAUAGGAAGCACACCAGAUAAACUACCGAAGCAAACUGAAAAUGAUACUCCCACUUCGGGCUUCGCCCAAAUACCCUCUAACUUUUCGGCGAUACCGAAACGCUCAUCGUCUCUCAGGAAAUCAACUCUCCAGCAACGACAAUCGGAGCGGUCCCUGUUUUCUCGUACAAGAGCUGGUACUGAGAAUGACGCUGAGCCCCCUCCGAGUAGCCCUAUGGUUCUACGGAGUCGACAACCGAAGUCCUUUGAUGGCCAUCUAUUUUUCCCGGCUCUUCAUGACGGCUCUUCCUCCAAUAAUAGUAUCUUUUCUAAUUCUUCCACCUCCCUUUUCUCCACAUCACAUACGAACAACAAAUCAACUCAGACUCCAUACGGUGCUCCUCAUCCACUAUCUAGAACCAUUACCCAGUCUUCGUCUGAUUCGAGCCUCGUGGACGAUUCACCCACCCAUGAACCGAUCAACAGGUUUGAUAAACCAAGACCCAUCCUGAAUUUCUCCAGGUCGCUUCCCACUGGUUCGACUAGACCAGUUGGGCCCAGUCAGCUACGUCAGGAGAAUUCGGACACAUCUACAGAAUCCUUCGCUACGCCUGAAAAUUAUAAACUUGUGAAACCCCUGCCAGCUGCGUUUAUGUCCACGGGUCUCAUCUCCAAAAAGAAUCGUAAUAUGGAUGAUGUCCAUAACGCAUCUAUCACUAGCAAAAACAUGCCCGACACUCCAUGUAAACGGCCACUCAAUCUAUUUCCAGGUGUGCACAAGCCAUUACCCCAGGCGGCAGUCGAAAAGGCGAGCUCGAAUCGCUCUUCCUCUGGAACCCUUUGGACCCCUUUCAAUCAGCAACAAUCUACAGUAUCUCCUCCCCCCGGCCCCUUUUCCAAAGGCACGGGUAUUUUUGGCAAUUCCUAUGCGAAGUCAGCCAUCUCGCGUCGCAGUAGUUUUGUCAGUGCGGAUGGAGACGACAUCUCCCAGUCUCAAUCACCUUCUGGAAAGAAUGAUACCCAAUCAGCCAACGACUCGGAAUUACCACCUACCCCGACAAAGCAAACCUUCUUCCCUAGCGGCAGCCACUUCUCUAAAUCGCGGCCCCAUCGCCCCUCCCAUAGCCAAACACCCUCAUUUGACUCGCUCUCUGGCCCCUCUGGACCCUGCUCAAGCCCUCUUGGAAAUAAAUCAUUAAGACGAGACUCCCCUCAUACCCCGCAAGAACACAUUUUCCCUCCCGACCCAAGUGGCUUAUCUAUAUCAGCCCAAGGCGACCAACGGUCCAACCCACGAGAUGAUCCAUCGGCGCUACCAGCAACGCCAACUGCACCCCGCGAGUAUUUCGCGCAGGUGGGGAAAAGGUCAAGUCUUUCUUUGGGUGGUUACAAUGCGCCCGAUGUAGAUCCAAGCCUCACUUCUCGUUUUGAGAAGGUUGAAUUGGUGGGAACUGGUGAAUUCUCGCAGGUCUAUCGCGUCACUGAACCUCAAUCAACGACACCAUUUGGAUCCCCCUUCCAUCAGACCUCCUUCUCACAACCCCCCGAAAAGCCAACUAGAACUACAACGUCUCGCGCUGAACGGGUGUGGGCUGUGAAAAAGUCUAACCAGCCGUGCACGGGUCCAAAGGAUCGAGAGCGCAGGAACAAUGAGGUUGUUGCCUUGAAAGCUUUGGCUAAUUGCGACUAUAUCAUUUCCUACGCCGACAGCUGGGAAUACAACAACAUCCUAUAUAUCCAAACGGAAUUUUGCGAAGAAGGGAGCCUGGACUUGUUCCUGUCGCAGAUUGGGCUUAAGGCCAGGCUUGAUGACUUUAGAAUUUGGAAAAUACUGCUUGAGUUGUCGUUGGGCCUGAAACAUGUCCACGAUUCUGGAUUCAUUCACCUAGAUUUGAAACCGGCAAAUAUUUUGAUAUCCUUUGAAGGUGUCCUCAAGAUUGCGGAUUUUGGAAUGGCGAGCCGUUGGCCUGCUGCAGCAGGUAUUGAAGGCGAAGGGGACCGUGAAUAUAUCGGCCCUGAAGUCCUUAUGGGACGUUACGACAAGCCUGCUGAUAUAUUUGCCCUGGGUUUGAUCAUGUUUGAAAUCGCGGGGAACGUGGAGCUUCCUGACAACGGCGUAUCGUGGCAAAAGCUUCGAAACGGCGACAUGAGUGAUGUUCCUAGUUUAACAUGGAGUCUAGAAACUAGCAAAGUCCUCCGCGAUGCCUCAGGCAACCCACUCCCUGACAGUAGUUGCUCAUUCGAGCAGCUAUGUGCAUCGAACUCUGACGAACAACAGCACUUUACCGACUCGCACUGCAGCAUUGGGUCCGACACCAUCAAUUGCAAUGGCCAUAGUCCAUUUGAUUCAUCUCGAAAACAAGCCUCACCGUACGUACGGAGCGGUGAGCUUGCUGAACCACCUGACUUCAUGGUUGAUGCCACGAAUGAACAAGCGCUGGACACCAUCGUUCGGUGGAUGAUAUCCCCCGACCCGGCCGAUCGGCCCGUUGCGGAUCAAAUUAUCCAGACGUUUGGUGUACAAUGGGCGGAGCGGCGGCGGCGAGCUGGAGCUACCAUCUAUGAAGGGAACUGGGGUCCUGCGGAUGAGGUUCUGGCAGAAGAUGCGGAGAUGAUUGACGUUUGAUGUUCUACAGAUUAAGCAGCGCCCGCAGGAAAGAAAAAGGAAGGAACAUAUAUUAUUAAUUAACGACUGGUUUCGAGCAUAUAUUUUUUGUUCUUCAUAUAUAUAUAUAUUUCUAUGGGGGUUUGCAUUUUCUUGUUGUUUUCUUGAGAGGUUAUGGGCUGGAGUUGGAAUCUGGGUUUGCGAUGGGUACGAAACAGUCCCUCCUAUUUGGCGUUUGGGCUGGAGAAAAACCUUUUUUUGUGUGGUUGUUUUAACCUACAGGGUUUAUUCAUUUUCAUUUUAAUAUUUUUUAUAACUAAUCAGGGAGCUACGUGGCUGCUCACCCUGGGGAACCUACAAGUCAUUUGUUUGAUGAUCAUUGGGCGGGAGCCGUUGCCAUAUGCACAUUUUUAUUUCGAAGAAGGGAAAGUUUGGGGUUGCAAAGGAUAGGGUGAGAUGGAGAUGGGACUAGAAUGUUCAAUAUGGAAAACGGAAAAGGGAUCAAGAUCCAUUGAUUGAAUUUGUCUGGCUUUUUUUUUUUUUUUUUUUUUUUUUUUUUUUUUUUUUUUUUCCACUGAAAGGAAGAGAAGAGGGAAAUUUAGUUAUUUUGCUUUGUUUUUGCUUGUCCUCUUGCAUUCUGAUACUAUAUCCAAUUGACUGUUGUUAUGAUCAUAUUGAGUUCAUUUUUGUCAUUUUUGUUCUUUUGUGUUCACUCCUAUGAUAUUCCGUAUAAUUUGAUACCUUAUUCAGAGGCUUUCGAGGUUUGCUUCUGCCCUGUUGUUGUGAAUGAUUCUUGAUAUUCUUUUCUGCGCAUGUUUCUCAUCAUUCAGCUUAGUACGGAGUAUGUUGUGCCGCUACUGCUACAGUUGUUCCCUCUCAUACCUGUCACUUAGUAAAUAAAUUCAUAUAUUUAUUGUAGGCAGAAUGGAAAAUUUGUAGCUAGAUUUUUACCACAAGGUGCAUUUCUUCUGAUAGAUAGACAAUGUAGCUUGGCUUUUGGCUUGUAGCAGAGAUAUUAAAACUUCACACAACUUUCCUUCCCCAAAAUGAAAUAAUAGAUACAGAUUGCGUCGAGAAACAGUCA